UUGGUGACGAGGGAGGUCCAGACGGUGCAGGCGGUCGAGGAAGGAACCCAGACGGGACGCGAGGUUGCCGUCCAGGCUCCGCCGAAUGCUCUUUCCAGACAAGCUGACGUCAUCAUGAUCCCUCAGCGAGAUCAUCUUGCCGAGUCCAGCUGCAAGGAGCUCGAGAAACACGCACUGGUGCUGCAGCGCUAUUGGCGUCGAUGGAAGGCAGCCCGGCGGUUCCAGAGGGUUCAGGAGUCCCGUCGUCUCAGGCUGGCGUGGGAGGACGAGAUGAAGAGACAGGAGACCGAAGAAGCUGCUCAGAGAAAGCUUGAAGAUGAGAUGAAAUGCCAAAAGCCAGAGACAAGGCGAGACUUGGACCUAGUCCACAGUGAACUGGAGAGAUGGCGAAAUGAGGAAAUCCUGAGCAUAAAUGCCACCAAAUCAGGCUGGGAGAGGAAAGCAGCCUUGUGUCAGAUCCUGGAGAAAGAAAUUGCCGCCCUUGCCUCCAUCGAUCAGCAACGUGCAGUCAUCUCCUGUGAAGAGACUCUCAGGACCCUUCGCAAGUUUCUUCAGGAGAGUGCAUCUCCAAUCAAGUGGAUUGGGAAGAACCAGAAGACCCUGUAUAUGGAGAAUGACACUGUUGUUCGAGGCCAGGCUCUGAAAGAAGUCUAUGAAAGGCUAUCAAAUACUAACAGCACUGUGGAGGAGAGGAAACUUGUCCUUCAGGACCUUCUUGAUAUGUUAAGAAAGGAAGACAGAAGACUAAGUCAAGAGCUACAGGAUCUCGCUAAAAGGGAAUUGGAUCUCCUGAACCGGGGAAUCAAAUUCAAUCACUUAGAUGGCCUCAGAAUCAGACUCCUCACUCUCUUCACCCAGUAUAUCCAGUCCCCCCUUCACAAUCCCAGGAUAUGUCACAUUCCUGAGGAAUUUAAGCCCAAGGCAGGGAUGGAACGGGGUCGAUGCAAGUCGUGUCAGGCACUGGCUCAUAAGAGCAUUGGGUCUACUAAUCACAGUGUUUAUCAUCACAUUUUGGAAGCAAUCAAGAAGGAUGAACAAGACUUGGCACUGCUCCUACAUGGACACAGAGACACCCACUUCUUCCCUGCUUUCCACAUCGAUGAAAGUGAUGUUGAAUUCCUGGUGAACACCAUCUGGAAUGGUCAAUCAGCUCUGAGUAACGAAAACAAUCCAUACGACUUGGCCUUACCACGCUGGGAAGCACUCAAGCCCUGGGCUCCAUGGAACUGCAUUCUCCUUACUCUCAGUGAAGCCAAAGCUCAUCGGAAAGCUCUUCUUAGAAAGAAGAAGGUGAGGAUGCCCUUUCGUCAAUGCUUGCCAAGAUCAAGUGAAGCGUUUCCAUCUUUUGGCAUCCAGAAGAGAGACAUGGAGCCGAUUGGGCAUGCCUUCCUCAGGGACGUUCAUGUCGGAUCAAAUAUUGGCCUGAUGAACAGCCACCGUGAACCCCGUGAUGAUUUGGAAAGUAAACGUUCCAUUGCAGACCUCAUUAAUAAUGUUACUUCAGAUACAUUUGUGUCAGAUGGGACCUACUCUCACUUUGGCUUCACACCACCAUCAACCCCCAAUUCUAGCUGUUGGGACUCCUACCCAUCAUCGCCAACUUUGUCUCUUCCAACUGGACCUGGGAUUCCUCCAUGUGCUGGACCUGUCCACUCACCUGCUGAAGUCUUCUCUCAUCAGUUGCCAGAAGUGCUGCUGAACCCUGGUCUACCAGACUAUGGCAUCCGAGAUGACUGGGGUCAAACUUUGAAUGUUCGAAUGCCUGGCAUGGCACCAAUUCAUUACCGAGAUCGAAGUUACACUGACCUAGAUCAUCCCAUCUUGGGUGGAGCCAACUUUAUGGAUCCAAGUAUUAUACAUGCUGGACCUUCUCUCAAAAGUACCCAAUCUCCUGGGCGACUGCAGCCACAUUCUGGGAUGCCAGAUACACAGUUCAGCUUCUACUCAUCUGAAGCUGAAAAGUUCAUGCAAGGCAUGAAACAGAAUCACAGUCCCUCCAUUAUGACUUCUCAGCCCCCAUUUCAGCAGUGGGACCUUGAAGGAGGUAUGUAUGAUCCCUUCAAGAGUGGCAAUUUGAGUACAGUUGCUGCUCCACCAGGUGAUGCUAUGCUGAAGGAGAGACCACAGCCACCACCUCAAGCCACUCAUAAGCCUCUGAGACCAACCUAUUCAGAUGUACUUGCCAAGGGCUCUUCUUCCCCAAGCCCCAAGGCCAGUUCUUCCAUUUCCACAUCAUCAACGGGACAGCCGAAGAAGCCUGAACUCAUAAGUAGUGGGUCAAAGUCACGUUCUGCAGGAAACAAGAAGGGCAAAGUGAAAGUGACUUCCAGUGGAACUCAGAGCAGCAGCUCAUCAUCUGGUAAUCCAAGUAUAGAUGGUUCUCCAAAGGCAAGGGUACGUACAGGGGAAGGGGAAAAACUUGAAGUCAGGCGGAAACAUAUAAUUGAAAUGGAUUCAGAAGUGUUCACUAAUGGAGAUCCUAUGGAUAGCAAGCCAGCAAGAAGUGCAGGUGGAAGUUCUUCAGUACUGGAAAAGGAGAACGUUUCUCAAGGAUCUGUGGGAAAAAACAAGAGUGAGGAUGGAAGCUUGAACAAUAGCAAGGUUACUUUCAAUAAUCAGGGGAAGAACAUAGGGAGCCCCCAGAAAAAGCCUCUUAGCAUCAACAACAACUUGGGUACAACAGCUCGCACUGAAGAGGAUGAAAACCAGGAAGCCAAGCAGAGACCUGUUCCAGUGUCUCACUCUGAGAAGAAAUCCGGUUUGGGGAUGGAUGCUCCUCGAAGAGACUCACUUAACCUUUCUUCAAGGGGGAAUUCUCGCAGCAGUCUCUUCAUAGGGGAAAAGUCACCCUCACCUGUUUCUGUCACUGCCCGUAAAGGAUCUGGAAAGAAGAAACGAGAUCCACACUGUGCUUCCAAGUCAAUGGAGUUUUUAUGCAUGAUGAUGGCUCAUCUCUGGAGCUGGAGUCUUGUCGUCCUUGCAUUCCUCUCCUGGCUUGUCCAUUUGGUCUACGAUGUCAUCUCCAUGAGCUUCAAGCUUCUCAUCCACUAUGUUGAAAUGAUAGGAGAAGGAAUAUAUGGACGGAGCAAAGCAUUCGGCAAGUGGAUAUGGGUAUGGAUCCUGGAUAAAGGAAAAUGGGCAUGGGAAUGGUGGCAAGGUGAUGAUGCAUCUGGUCAUGGGGAAUUGGAAUUCAACAUCCAACUUCCAAGUUCAGGAGAGGAAGCCAUGAAGCGUCUCCUUGCUUGCAAGGGGAAGGAUCCCUAUAGCAUACUAGGUGUGACGCCAACUUGCACUGAUGAAGACAUCCGGCGGUACUACAAGCGCCAGGCUGUCCUAGUUCAUCCUGACAAGAAUCGGCAGCCUGGUGCUGAGGAGGCUUUCAAAGUCCUUGCUCAUGCAUUUGAGCUCAUCGGAGAACCAGCAAGAAGGCAAGAAUAUGACAGCAAACGCAUUGAGCAGAGUCAAAUGUGGCAGGAAUUCAACGACCUCUUGACAAAACUCCAACAGAAGAUGGAAGAAGCUGCCAACACUAUUAGGUGCACAAACUGCAACAAGAGGCACAGACGGGUCAAAACAGAACGCAAGUCAUAUGCAGCCCGAUACUGCAACAAAUGCAGCAUCCACCAUGCAGCUCGAGAGGGAGAUAUUUGGGCAGAGAGUCGUGUCUUUGGAUUUCUAUGGCACUACUAUGCGUGCAUGGAUGGUGCUGUAUAUGACAUCACGGAAUGGGCCGGCUGCCAAUCGGAAAAUCUUCGCCAUCUCCAAGCCAAUACUCACAAUGUCCAAUAUCGCAUUGUGUCUAGUCGCAGCAAAGGGAAUUCAGGAGGGAGUGCCCGCUGGGUUCAGACCUGGAAGAUUUCUUGUCUCAUUUGUAUGGAGGAAAUGCAUCUCAAGGAACUGGUGUUCCUGGUACUGGCACGGGUGCUCCAAAUGCGACAGGUGCUCAUCGACCCUCAUCCGGGACUGGAACUGGGACCUCUACCAAGAAGAAGGGACGGAAACGAAGAUGAAGCCCUCAUGCUUCCUAGGCUGUCUUUCAUGUUUCUCUUUGCUCUCUUUCUCCAACUGAUGACAGAUUCACUCUCCUUCACCUUCUGUUCGACUGAAAUUUUGCAAUCUCAUGUUUUCUGGGUUUCUGCAGAAGUCAGGGGUCAUUUGCUUUGGUGUCUUGUGUUUCGAAAAAGCAAUGUAAUUGAGAAAAAUACAAGCAAGAUGGGAGUAGUCAAGCCACACAGUAGUCAUGAGGAUGAACUGGAACCUGUCUCCACUGCUGAAGAUUGGUCAUCGUGUUCCACUGUUGAAACCCGGGUUUCCCCUCCUAUUGACCUUAGUGCCUUGCUUAAGGAUCCCCAGAGGCAUCCUGUCAAGAUCUGUGCUCCUAUGGUUCGUUACUCUAGGAGACCGUUUCGUGAACUGGUUCGUCAAUAUGGAUGUGACCUUGCCUAUACACCCAUGAUAAUGGCUGAAGCUGUGAUCAAAUCAGAGAAAGGGCGGCACCAUGAGCUGCUCAGUGACCUUGGUGAUCGGCCAUUGGUGGUGCAGUUUGCAGCACGUCACUCUGAGGAACUUGCUGAGGCUGCUGUCAUUGCCUACUGGUAUGUUAUGGGUUCAGUGAUCCAUAAUUAUAUACCCAUUCUCCAUGGAGUGGAUGGAGUUGAUCUUAACUGUGGAUGUCCUCAGUCAUGGGCAAUUAGAGAAGGGUAUGGUGCUGCGCUUCUGAUGGAACCUGAACUAGUGCGGGACAUGGUUCACCUCACCCGAAACCGCCUCCCUGGCUCCUUCUCCACUUCCAUCAAGAUCCGCAUUCUGUCAGACAUCCAGAAAUCAGUUGAGUUCUGUCGUGAGAUGGAGGCAGCAGGUGUUUCAUUCAUUACUGUUCAUGGACGAACAGCUAGAGAACGUUCAGAGCCUGUUCAGCUAGAUGCCAUUAGAACCAUCAGGGAUGCACUGAACAUUCCUGUGAUUGCCAAUGGUGACAUGACCUGCAUGGAUGAUGUAUUUGAAGUUGUUGAAGCCACUGGUGUUCACGGAGUGAUGGCAGCCAGGGGACUAAUGAGGAAUCCAGGGUUAUAUGCUGGUCAUGCAGUUACCCCUUUGGCAUGUAUCAAGGAUUGGACAGAUGGAUACAUGCAGAAGAAUAAUCUCCCAUUUUCUGUCUUCCAUCAUCAACUGGCAUGCAUGUGUGAAAAGUUGCUUUCCAAAGCCCAGAGGAAGGCCCUCAACACCCUUAAUGAUAUCCAGGGUGUCACCAGUUUCCUCAUUGAUCAGGUAUGGGGUAACCCUCUAGAAAAUGUGCCAUGCACUGCUCCUGGUAUUCCUGGAAAGGAAUCUAAUAUGCAGGACAUGAGGCCAUUUGCAAUGGCUUUGUUGGGGCAGAGCAUAAUGUUUCCAAAUCGGUGUGAGAAUGGAGGGUUCCACUGAGAGUUAUUUAUCCUCGUCCUUGGAGGUAUUUUCUCACACCCUUCCAAGAAUUAUCAGUGGACAAUCCCGGACUGCAUGUCGUCACCCACCUUCAGGCUCUCAUUGAAUCCUUUGAGGGCAAGACAAAAAAUAUCAUGCAUUAUUUAUGAG